AUGUCGGACUUACCUAACAGAGUCAACCUUUCUACGACGUCUAUUCCUACACCUCCAUUGACUACCUCUUCAACAUUUUUGGGCUCAGCAGCAAAUUCAUCAUCAUCAUCAUCACCAUCAUCAUCAUCUUCACCAGCAUUCAAUAUUACUCAACAACAACAACAACAACAACAACAACAAUCAUUAUUAUCUGGAAAUAUCAAUAAUACCGACGUAUGUCCUACAUGUGUUACAGAGGCAGUCAAAGUGGCUUCUGCUGUCUAUGCUGGGGAACUGGAUCAAAGAGUAACAUGUGAUCAUAGUUGUUGUGGUUUGGUUGGUCCUAUUCCUUUCUCUGCUCCUAUAAAUACGUUGAAGAAUGCUGUCAAUGCUAUGGCUGAUCACUUACAACGUGUUUCUGAUGAAGUUUUAUAUGUAGCUCAUGAAACUGCCGUCAAAGGAAAAUUAGGUGUACAAGUUCGUUAUAAUCAAGAUAUGACUGGUGUUUGGCAUGAUGUCGUUGUGAACCUCAAUGAUAUGACAAGAAAUCAUUUGGAACAAGUACGUGAUAUUGCCGAUGUAUCGAACGCUAUUGCUCGUGGGGAUCUCAGUAAAGCCAUGACUGUACCCGUCAAGGGGGAAACUUUAUUACUCAAGGAUACAUUCAAUACAAUGGUCAACCAACUGAACCUGUUUGCAUCUGAAGUAUCAAGAGUUGCUCAUGAAGUUGGAACUGAAGGCAAAUUAGGUGUAGAAGCCAAGGUAGCUGGAGUCGAUGGUAUAUGGAAGGAAUUGACGGAUAAUGUGAAUACAAUGGCCACCAAUCUUACCAAUCAAGUGAGAGAUAUUGCUCAAGUUUCCAAAUCUGUCGCCAAAGGUGAUCUAACCAAAAAAGUCACUGUGGAAGUUAAAGGGGAAAUGCUUGAUUUGAAAAAUACUAUCAAUACUAUGGUCGAUCAGUUAUCUACUUUUGCAACAGAAGUCACUCGCGUAUCAUUGGAAGUUGGAACGGGUGGUAUACUAGGUGGACAAGCUAUAGUUAAGGAUGUAGCCGGUACUUGGAAAGAUCUUACUGAUAAUGUAAAUAUGAUGGCAUACAAAAUCACUAGUCAAGUUCGCGAUAUAGCCGUUGUAGCCAAAGCUGUAGCUGAAGGAGAUUUAUCCAAAAAGGUCGUUGCCAAUGCUCAAGGUGAAGUUUUGGAAUUGAAAAAUACAAUGAAUCGAAUGGUGGAUCAAUUACGAUUAUUCUCUGCGGAAGUACGACGAGUAUCACUUGAAGUUGGUGUGGAAGGAAAACUGGGUGGACAAGCCAUGGUCAAGGAUGUGGGUGGUACAUGGAAAGAUCUUACUGAUAAUGUUAACAUUAUGGCUGCUAAUCUUACUACUCAAGUACGAUCCAUUGCUGAAGUUACUAAAGCUGUGGCCAAAGGAAAUCUUAGCAAGAAUAUUGAUGUGGAAGCAAGAGGGGAAAUUUUGGAUCUGAAAAAUACUGUCAAUGAUAUGGUCGAUCAACUCCGUGUAUUCUCAACUGAAGUUACUCGUGUGGCCAAAGAAGUCGGUACGGAAGGCAAAUUAGGUGGUCAAGCUGAAGUACCUAAUGUGGAUGGUACAUGGAAAGAUCUCACAGAUAAUGUCAAUACAAUGGCCACCAAUCUCACUACUCAAGUACGUUCUAUAGCUGUUGUCACCAAAGCUGUUGCCAAUGGGGAUCUAUCCAAAAAAAUUGAAGUCGAUGUCAGUGGUGAAAUCUCAGAUUUGAAAAAUACUGUCAAUGAUAUGGUGGAUCAACUACGUGUAUUUGCAUCAGAAGUCACUCGUGUCGCUCGUGAAGUUGGUACUGAAGGAAAAUUAGGUGGGGAAGCCAUUGUACCUGCUGUUAGUGGCACUUGGAAAGGUCUUACAGACAAUGUGAACACAAUGGCAGCUAAUCUGACAACUCAAGUACGUUCUAUCGCUGUUGUUACCAAAGCUGUAGCUAAAGGGGAUCUCUCUAAAAAUAUUGAUGUCGAAGCUCGUGGUGAAAUCCUGGAUCUCAAGAACACUGUCAACAAUAUGGUGGAUCAACUCAAUGUAUUUGCAUCUGAAGUCACUCGUGUAGCAAAAGAAGUAGGUACAGAAGGAAAACUAGGUGGUCAAGCUGAAGUACCCAAUGUGGAUGGAACAUGGAUGGAUCUUACUGACAAUGUCAAUCAAAUGGCAGCCAAUCUUACAACUCAAGUGCGAUCUAUUGCUGAAGUGACGAAGUCUGUAGCCAACGGUGAUCUAUCAAAGAAAAUCGAAGUGGAAACCCGUGGAGAAAUCCUGGAAUUGAAGAAUAUCGUCAAUGAUAUGGUGGAUCAAUUACGUGUAUUUGCAUCAGAAGUCACUCGUGUAGCAAAAGAAGUUGGUACGGAAGGCAAAUUAGGUGGUCAAGCAGUAGUACAAGGUGUUGCAGGCACUUGGUUUGAACUAACAGACAAUGUGAACAUCAUGGCGGCCAAUCUGACGAAUCAAGUACGAGCGAUUGCUGAAGUAACCAAGGCAGUGGCAGAUGGUGAUCUUUCUAAAAAGAUUGAAGUGGAAUCGGGUGGUGAAAUCUCUGAAUUGAAGGAUACUGUUAAUAAUAUGGUGGAUCAAUUACGUAUUUUUGCAUCUGAAGUCACUCGUGUGUCGAAAGAAGUUGGAACGGAAGGUAAAUUAGGCGGUCAAGCAGUGGUACAAGGAGUUGCAGGCACUUGGAAUGAACUCACGGAUAAUGUCAACAUCAUGGCAGCUAAUCUGACGGAUCAAGUACGUUCAAUUGCUGAGGUGACAAAAGCAGUGGCACUAGGUGAUUUAUCCAAGAAAAUUGAAGUGGAAUCAGGUGGAGAAAUAUUGGAAUUAAAAAAUAUUGUCAACAAUAUGGUGGAUCAAUUACGUAUCUUUGCAUCAGAGGUCACUCGUGUGUCGAAAGAAGUAGGGACUGAAGGGAAACUGGGUGGUCAAGCAGUGGUACAAGUACCCAAUGUUGCAGGCACAUGGGAAAGUUUGACCGACAAUGUGAACAUCAUGGCGGCUAAUUUGACGAAUCAAGUACGAUCUAUUGCUGAAGUGACCAAAGCAGUGGCUCUGGGUGAUUUAUCCAAGAAAAUUGAAGUGGAAUCAGGUGGAGAAAUAUUGGAAUUAAAAAAUAUUGUCAACAAUAUGGUGGAUCAAUUACGUAUCUUUGCUUCAGAAGUCACUCGUGUAUCGAAAGAAGUUGGAACGGAAGGAAAAUUGGGUGGACAAGCUUUAGUACCGAAUGUAGCAGGUACUUGGAAUGAACUUACCGAUAAUGUCAACAUCAUGGCGGCUAAUCUUACCAAUCAAGUACGAUCUAUUGCUGAAGUGACAAAAGCAGUGGCUAAUGGCGAUCUCUCGAAAAAAAUUGAAGUAGAAUCUGGUGGUGAAAUCUCUGAAUUGAAGGAUACUGUCAAUAAUAUGGUGGAUCAAUUACGUAUCUUUGCCUCCGAAGUCACUCGUGUAUCGAAAGAAGUUGGAACGGAAGGAAAACUGGGUGGUCAAGCUUUAGUACCGAAUGUAGCGGGUACUUGGAAUGAACUCACUGACAAUGUCAACAUCAUGGCGGCUAAUCUUACCAAUCAAGUACGAUCUAUUGCUGAAGUGACAAAGGCAGUGGCCAAUGGUGAUCUUUCCAAAAAAAUUCAUGUAGAGACACGUGGGGAAAUCUUGGAUUUGAAAAUCACAGUCAACUCUAUGGUGGAUCAACUACGUGUGUUUGCUUCUGAAGUCACUCGUGUAGCUCGUGAAGUAGGCACCGAAGGCAAAUUAGGCGGUAUUCUUGGUGGUCAAGCAACUAUUGUGGGUGUUGAUGGUACUUGGAAAGAUUUAACAGACAAUGUGAAUUUGAUGGCAAGUAAUCUGACAGAUCAACUACGUGGUAUUGCUUUUGUAUGUAAAGCUGUAGCUCAAGGAGAUCUAUCCAAGAAAAUCGAAGUGGAAGUACAUGGAGAAAUAGCUGAAUUCAAGUAUACAAUCAACACCAUGGUGGAACAACUUAGCUCAUUUGCAUCUGAAGUGACACGUGUAGCUCAUCAAGUGGGCACAGAAGGAAGAUUAGGUGUACAGGCACAAGUGAUGGAUGUAGAAGGAGUAUGGCGUGAAAUUACAAGCAAUGUGAAUACGAUGGCUUCCAACUUGACAACCCAGGUACGUGCGUUUGCACAAAUCUCGGCAUCUGCUACUGAAAACGAUUUUUCUCGACUGAUUACUGUUGAAGCUUCUGGAGAAAUGAAAUCUCUCAAGACCAAGAUCAAUCAAAUGGUGGGCUCAUUACGUGACGCUAUACAAAAGAAUCGACAAGCAAGGGAAACAGCUGAACUGGCGAAUCGAUCCAAGAGCGAAUUUUUGGCCAACAUGUCUCAUGAAAUCCGUACACCCAUGAAUGGCAUUAUUGGUAUGACUUCUUUGACUUUGGAAACUGAAUUGACUCGACAACAACGUGAAAACCUGAUGAUUGUAUCCAGUCUAGCCAACAGUUUAUUGACCAUCAUUGAUGAUAUUCUCGAUAUUUCCAAGAUUGAAGCUGGACGUAUGACUAUUGAAGCCAUUCCAUUCUCCUUACGAUCAGCAAUGUUUAGUGUAUUGAAAACGUUAGCGGUUAAGGCAAAUCAAAAGAAGUUGGACUUGAUUUAUGGUGUGGAUAGUGGUAUUCCUGAUCAAAUCAUAGGUGAUCCAUUACGUUUACGACAAGUUAUUACAAAUCUCAUUGGUAAUGCUGUCAAAUUUACUACUACUGGUGAAGUUGCUUUACAUACUCGUUUAGUGGAUGUACGUGGUGAUGAAGUCAAGAUUGAAGUUUGUGUACGGGAUACUGGUAUUGGUAUUCAAGAAGAUAAGUUACAUAUGAUAUUUGAUACUUUUUGUCAAGCAGAUGGUAGUACGACACGUGAAUAUGGUGGUACUGGACUUGGACUCUCUAUCUCUAAACAUUUGGUACAACUUAUGGGUGGUGAUCUUUGGGUGGAAUCAAAUUAUGGACAUGGAUCACAAUUUUAUUUCACAAUGAAUUUGAAACGAUUUGAACCUGACAAGAAUGACAUCCACGAAAAAAUGCUUCGCUUCAAAGGACGUAAUAUUUUGUUUUUGGAUAGUCUUGGAGAUAAAACAGGUGUGAUGAAUGUUUUAGCUGAACUUGGACUCAAGCCUAUCCGUGUGACUAGUAUUGAAGAAGCAACCGAGCUCAACUCUAAUCCUGGACGUGACAAACGGGCCCCUUUGAUUGACACGGUGAUUGUGGAUCGAAUGGUACAUGCUGAAAAGAUCCGUGAAGCUGUUCACUUGCGAUAUACACCUAUUGUCUUGGUCUCACCAGAAACGCAUCUACUCAACAUGAAGUUAUGUAUCGAUUUGGGUGUUACAGGAUAUAUCAAUUCACCAGUCAAUGCCGCUGACCUAUCGCAUGCGUUACUACCAGCUUUAGAAAGCCAUACCACUUUACCUAGUGACUCUGGUAAAUCUCUACCUUUGGAAAUCCUUUUAGCUGAAGAUAAUAUUGUGAAUCAAAAACUGGCUUUACGUAUUUUGGAAAAAUUUGGUCAUCAUGUCAAGAUUGUCAGCAAUGGGAAACUGGCAGUGGAUGCCUUUGAAAGGUAUUCAUUUGAUAUGAUUCUGAUGGAUGUACAGAUGCCUGUCAUGGGUGGAUUUGAAGCAACACAGAAGAUUCGACAAAUUGAAUCGGCAUCAGGAACAAAUACACGUACUCCUAUUAUUGCAUUGACAGCACAUGCUAUGAUUGGUGAUCGUGAUAAGUGUCUUCAAUCUGGAAUGGAUGAAUAUGUUACCAAACCUUUACGAUUACCAGAGUUGAUCUCUGCCAUCAAGAAAUUUGCCCCUCAAUCUGCUCAAAUGAUGAUGGAACCUCCCAAGAAAUAA